UGUCCAGAUGAUGGAAACGACAACACCUACAUAUGACUAUGGAACUGGAACGUUUGAACGGGUCGAGCCAUGCAACAGGGACGAUGACAAUAACCUGGGAGCCCAGCUUUCCUUCAUUUAUUACUUCAUGUUUGUCUUCAGUCUGUUGGGCAAUGGGCUCGUCCUGUUUAUCAUCCAACGGUUUGAGAAAUUAACAACUGUGACCAACAUCUUGCUGCUGAACCUGGUGUUUUCCUCACUGAUCUUCAUGAGCACCCUUCCCUUCAUGGCAGCCUACAUGCAGCUUGAAACAUGGAUUUUUGGCAAAACAAUAUGCAAAGUUUAUGGCUGUUUUCACUAUCUGGGCUUCUACAGUUCCGUCCUCCUUUUAACUCUUCUGACCUUUGAUAGGCACCUUGCAGUUGUAUACUCUCUAAGCACUACGAGACUGAGAAAUAGAAGUUAUGUGGUAAUCUCCUGUACUGUGGUGUGGCUGGUUAGUGGCUUGGCGUGUAUCAGGCCGAUGCUGCUUCACAACACUUUUAUGUAUUUGGGAGAGACGCACUGUGAUGAGUUCCCUGGUAAACUUCCCAAUAUUGACGAGGAAAUGGUGACAAAUGUUGGAUUUUAUGUUCAACUACUUCUUUUCCUGAUCUUCCCUAUGGUUGUUAUAAUCUACUGCUACAUAAGGAUUGUGGUCACAGUCAUAUUGUCCAAAAUAGCUACCAAGUUCAAGACAGUUAGGCUGAUAUUUAUCAUUGUUCUGAUGUUUUUCAUCUGUUGGGCUCCAUUCAAUGUUGUCAUGCUGCUAUAUUAUGAGGAAAACAUUCCCUGUGAGGAAAAACAGAAUCUUGGGUAUGCCCUUCAAAUCACACGUAACAUGGCGUAUGUUUACUUCAGCAUCAGUCCAAUGUUUUACACAUUUGUAGGGAAAAAAUUCCAGAACUACUUCCGUCAUCUGCUGGUGAAACGUUUUCCAAGCUUAAGGAAUUAUAUUUCUGUUCAGCAAUUGAGCAGAACUAACCUGUCCACAAAAACUACACCAAGUGCAUAGUUUCAUUUUUAUUUUUUGUUUCCAAAGAACUAAUGUCAAAGAACUUCUGCUGCGUUCUUUUUUUUUUUCCAAUGCUAUUGCCAAAGUUUUAGGAAAAUUUAUUAAUUUCCUAACAUGGUAAUAUAUUUGAGAAGGUUGGUUCUAAUAAGUAUUGAAAUUUAUGCUG